AUGCAAAUAUUUCGUCUCGCGACUCUUAUUGGUGCUGGGUUUUUGCCUUUCACGAAGGCCAGCAGGCUCACCACUGCCCGACAAACCUCCAGUACCACCGUCCCCCUCUUGGCUACGGAGCUCGGAAAAGUAUUUGAUGCUUCUGUUACUAUUGGCAACCAAAUUUUUCAGCUGCUUGUUGAUACUGAGAGUAGUGAGUCAUACGUGAUGAAAACGGGCUACACGCAUUGUUUCAUUCCUUUCCUCUGCGAUGUUGACCAAGUCAAUUCUCUCUUCUCGCCCCCAGCAAAAUUUGUUUCUACCUCCGCAAUGUAUAUUUUUGACUGCUCAGUCAAAGCUCCACAAUUCGGUAUCAGGAUUGGCAAUCAGGCAUUUUAUCACAGUGGCCAACAUCUGAUAUAUCGGACAUCAGAGGGUGUUUGUGUCUCUAGUCUUGCUAGUUCAGAGAGCGUCUCGAUCGCCGAUCUAACGUCGAACAUCCUUGGCGUGCCGGUUUUGAAAAACGUUGUUACGGUAUUUGACUUUGGUGUGUUUGACUCUGGCAACAAUUAA